AUGUCGAACAAACGACACUCCAUCUUACCUGCCAUUGAUCGAAGCGGCCCGAAGCCUCCAGUCGACUUCUCGCCUUCCGUCGUCCUUUCCGACAACGCCAUCCUGCAAGGCACACACUCCAUAAUCAUACAGUCAGAGACAGUAGUGCAUCCUCGGGCACGCAUCGAAUCUAGCCUUGGCAGUGUAUUGAUAGGGAGGCGCUGCGUUCUUCACGAACGAAGUCAUAUUGGAGCUCAUCCCGCCGAGUUGAGCUGCAUCAGACCAGGCGGCGUCGUGCUUGGGGACUACGUAAUUGUUGAAGUUGGCACUGUCAUAGAAGCUGGCGAUACCGAGGUUGGGGAAGGCACGACUCUGCAGGUUGGAUGCAGCAUUGGUUGCGGUGCCAAGAUUGGCAAACACUGCACAGUCUCCCCCCGGUCCGUGGUUGCACCAGGAGAGAAUCUACCAGACAAUACUGUGCUUUACUCCGAUGGGUUACGGCGAACGGAUAAUCGAGAUGUCGCCGACUUGCGCAACCUGGGACUGACCAAGCAGAUUGCGGUGCUGCAGAAGAUGAUACCGAGUAACCCGGAAAAGUUUAAGUGA